CUCCACAUAAACGCUACCCAAAAACAACGAGACCUAAACAACAACAACAAAAUUCUUCAUAUUCAUAAAAAUUCAAAUCAACAAUUUCUUCUCACAAAUCUUAAAUCCUAAUCCUGAUCGUCUUAGAUCCCACACUUUGUUGUUGAAUAUCGAAAACUAAUCUUGUUUUCCCUUAGUUCUAGGGUUUGUUUGUUUCUUUUCUAUUUUGUUUAUUUUAUGUUUGUUAUUUUAGAUCUUUUUUUCUACAAUUAGGGUUUUGGUUUUUGUUUAUAUCUGGAUCUGGUUGAAUUGAUCUUCGAUUUAAAUUGUUGCGGAAAUGAAAGACCAGAUGAAUCAACCGAAUCAGUCACAGAUGAUGAGUAUGGGGCAGCAGCAGUUACCACAAGUGAUGAAUCAACCACAGCAGAUCAUGAAUAAUAUGAAUAGUUUGAGUAAUCUGAAUAGCCAGAACUCGCAAAUGUUUGUGAGUCAGAUGAUGAAUCCUUCGCUGAUGGCAGCGAACCAGCCGCACCGUGGCGGAGGCUACGGGAUGUGGCCUCCGCCACAGGUCGACCAGGUCAAGUUUCAGAACAAUUUGAAAGGUCUGGGUGCCCCAUCGGCUUCGUUGAAGCCAAUGGGACAGAUGGGACCGAGGAGUAACAAGAAUUGGAAGGGGAAGAAGGGGAAUGAGAAGUGGAAUAAUAAUAUUCGAAAGGAUUUACCGGUUAUGGGUGUAGGUGGUGGUGGUAGUAGUAGUGUUAGUGGUAACUCGGGUGGUUCUGGGGCGUAUAAUCCGCCUACAUUGAACGAAUUGCAGCAACAGAAUCGGUUGAAAGCGAGGAGGUAUUUCCCAAAAAAGAAGUUUAACCACGGUGGGCGAUCAGCGCCUUACGCGCCUAGAAACACUACGUCGUUUUUAAUUCGAGCGAAGAAAUCCGGUGGGAUUACUUCGUUAGUGUCACCGUGCCCUGUGACACCUGCGGUUUUACCCACACCGAUAUUUUCGCCUUCUCGAGAGGUGUUAGUGGAUAUGGCGAAAGAAGAGUGGGGGGUAGACGGAUAUGGUUCGAUGAAAGGGUUGAUUAGGCUUCGGUCUCCGGGAAAUGAAGCGGAUGCUGCGGAGGACGAAGAGGAAGACGAAGGUGGGUCGAGUGAGAGUGAUGUGGAAGAACAUGUUGAGGUUGAGAGGAGGUUGGAUCAUGAUUUGAGUCGGUUUGAGAUGAUUUAUCCGAACUAUAGUGGUGCGGAUCAUAGUAGUUAUCUAUUGGAGAACCGAGUGGAUGAUCAGGAUACGCAUAUCGCGCAACUUGAGGAAGAGAACUUGAUAUUGAAAGAGAGAUUGUUCUUGAUGGAACGGGAGUUCGACGAUUUGCGAAUGCGGUUGCAGUGUCUUGAGAGACAAAGCCGAGGCGGGGAACGGCUUAACGAGGAGGUCGUGGAGAAUGAUUCUGAAAACGAAAGCGAGAGCAGGGGAUAUGGUCGGUCAAUGGAGGAUAAUAACGAGGUUAUGGAAGAAAACCAAGAAAACCAUGAGCAUUCAGAGGACAAUAACAACAACAAUAAUAAUAACGAUGAUAACAACAAUGGGGAUAAUGAGAUCAAGCAAACUGAGAGCAUUGAAAAGGGUAUCGAAACGGAUGUUUUAAUGGUAGAAAAUGUUGAUAAAGUUGAAGAAACUGAACUAAAGAAAGAUGAUGAGGGGGUAGCAGAACAGGUUAAGAAGAAUACUGAAGAAUUAUCAUCAGUUUCAUUGGAAAAAAGUGAAGAAAAUGCUAAUGAUGGAGCUUUAAAGGAUGAAGAAAAUGCAGCAAAUGAGUAAGAAAUUUGAACUCAUAUCAAUCUAAAGGUAUAUGAUUUAAAAAGGUUCAUAUAAUCUCUUUUGCUGUUAAGUUUGUUGAUGAAUCUAAAUUUGCAGAUUUGGCCACUUUUUGUUUGUAUUGGUUUACUUUUUUUUUUUCUUUUCUUUUUUUUUUUAGGUUUGGAAAGUGGGUUGGGUUUGGGGAUGGGGGGAUAAAGAGGGGUUUAGUUAAAGUUAUGGUAAUUUGCAGUUUAAUGUUUAUGAACCAACUAUAUGCAAAAUCUUGAUGUAAACAUGUGGCCUAAUGUUCUUAAAUAAUAUUUUGAUUAUGAUUGAAAAA